AUGGUAUCAGAGCUUCAGACGGGCUCUAUACUUCCGCUCAACACCUUACAGCCUACCAUGGCUAAAGACGACGACAACUCGAAAUCCUCCACAGAUGGGGAAUUUUCAAACCCUGAUCACCCAUAUUAUAUUCACCAAUCUGACCAUCCUGGAAUGGUCUUGGUCGGCAAGCCAUUAUCCGGAGAUAACUAUAGCACUUGGAGCCGCCAGUUUCGACUAGCCUUGAGCGCAAAGAACAAGACAGGCUUCCUCGAUGGUUCAAUCACGAAGCCGUUGAAAGCGAAGCCGGAAUUUGAUAGGUGGCGGCGUUGUAACGACAUGGUCUUAUCAUGGAUCUUGAACUCACUGGAACCAGAUCUUGCCAACAAUCAAAUGCCCUUAUCCACGUACUAUUCGAAACUCAAGGGGUAUUGGGAUGAACUGUCAUCCUACAACAACAUGGAACCCUGCACUUGUGGGGCUUUGAAAUCCAUUACAGCGCGAGAAGAGGAGCAACAUUUAAUGCAACUUCUGAUGGGGCUCCAUGAAUCCUAUGCAGCCAUUAGAGGACAGAUAUUACUUAUGCAACCUUUGCCCACUGCCCGCAAAGCAUACAGCCUCCUUUUGCAAGAAGAGAAGCAGCGGCAAGUUGCUUCCACCCCCAACAAUACAACCAGCAACGAGAGCAUGGCAAUGCUCAGUAUACACACUAAGAAAGGCAAUACCAGCAAGCAAGGCUUUCAACAGCGGCCUUCAUCAUCCAAUAUCGGCCCAUCCUUUCAACCUCAUGGAAAUCCUAGAGAGCCAAAACAAUGCACUUAUUGCAAUGGUAAAACUCAUACAAUCGAUACUUGUUUUUUUCUCAAAGGUUUUCCUCCAGGGCACAAGUGGCACGGCAAGGAGGUGGUACCCAAACUUGAUGACAACGGUCGCCCUUCCCAAAACCGCUCAUCUCAUGGGAGCAACCGACAACAUACCAAUGUGCAUAACGUUCAGAGUCCAGAUGCACAGUUUCAUCACCUACAAACCAUAGCUCCUCAUCUCACACUCGAGCAAUGUCAGCAAAUUCUUGGUACUGUUGGUAAGGAGGAAGUUUCCCAAUCCCAAGCGAAUUUUGCAGAUAAUGAGCCACUCAUACCCACACAACCUUCUGACCCACCUAUUCCACCUUCUCUAGAUAAUGAGCCACUCAUACCCACACAACCUUCUGACCCACCUAUUCCACCUUUUGACCCACCUAUCCCACAUUCUCUAGAUAACCCACACACCACCUCACACGAUCUCACCGACCCUUCUUUUUCUCAAUCCCCUCACGGCACCACACUUCCUUCACCAUCCUUCCCUAUCACGACUCAUGCUCAAAAUAGUCCCACUAUGCCCUCUCCUCCUACUUCAUUGCCGUCAUCUCUUUCUUCUCCACCUCCUCUUCGUCGCUCUCACCGUAUUCCUCAACCUUCCAUCCUUCUACGUGACUUUCACUGCAAUGCUACCAUGCCGCCUUCCCCUGCUCAGUCUUCUUCUUCCCCUACACUAGGUAAGGGUUCCAGGUAUCCAUUGUCCAAUUUUCUCGCUUAUGAUCACUUGUCUUCUACUCACCGCACCUUUGUUGCAGCAAUCUCCAAAAUCAUAGAGCCCACUACCUAUGCCCAAGCUUCCACUGACCCUCUUUGGUGCGAUGCCAUGGCACAAGAACUCCAGGCACUUGAGCAAAAUCACACAUGGUCUCUUACCUCUUUACCUGCAGGAAAACACCCCAUUGGCUGCAAAUGGGUCUAUAAGGUGAAAUAUCACUCUAACGGCUCUGUCGAACGCUACAAAGCGCGACUUGUCGCCAAAGGCUACACUCAACAGGAAGGCCUCGACUAUACCGAGACCUUUUCUCCCACUGCCAAGCUGGUUACAUUCCGAUGUCUUCUUGCUCUUGCCGCCGUCCGUAAUUGGCCCCUACAUCAGCUCGACGUUCAAAACGCCUUCCUCCAUGGUGAUUUGAACGAAGAGGUGUACAUGUCUCCCGCCUGGUUUUCGCCGACAGGGGGAAAAUUUGCCCUACGUGCAGCUGGUUUUGUUCAGUCCCUAGCCGAUUACUCCUUAUUCACAAGGUCUCAAAAUAAUUCAUUUACUGCACUAUUGAUCUAUGUAGAUGAUAUUGUGAUUACAGGGGAUGAUCCUAAAGCUAUCCAGUCAAUCAAAGACUUCCUCAAUGUUCGCUUUCGCAUCAAGGAUUUGGGACCUCUCAAAUACUUCUUGGGUAUCGAAGUUGCACGAUCAAAGAAAGGAAUUUUCAUUUCACAACGGAAAUAUGCACUGGAGAUACUGGAUGAUGCCGGGUUGCUAGGUGCCCGGCCUUCACCUUUUCCCAUGGAACAAACACUGAGACUUAGUUGUCCCACCACAAGACGAUCUGUGACAGGUUACUGUACCUUCCUUGGAAACUCUCUGAUCUCGUGGAAAUCAAAGAAACAAAACACCAUUGCACGUUCGUCUGCAGAAGCGGAGUACCGUGCCAUGGCAGAUACAUGUUGCGAGUUAACAUGGCUGAGAUAUAUUCUCAAUGACUUGGGCAUUCGGCAUUCAGAACCUGCGACACUACACUGCGAUAACCAGUCAGCAUUACACAUUGCCAAAAACCCUGUCUUUCAUGAACGGACAAAACAUAUAGACCUGGAUUGUCAUUUGGUGCGACAAAAUAUUACAUCAGGAUUGGUUUCCACUACAUACACGCCAACAAAUUUGCAAGUGGCAGACCUCUUCACAAAACCGUUAGGAAAGGCUUCCUUUGGAACACUACUUGGCAAGUUGGGAGUGUACAAUAUCCACUCGCCAACUUGAGGGGGAGUGUUGAGAUAUGGGUUUAUUCCAAUUGAUAUUUGGGAAUAUUGUAAUUGAUUCUUUCCUAGUUUAGAGAU